ACGAGCCGGGACGCGGCGCCGCGGCACCAGGGCGCGCAGCCGGGCCGGCCCGACCCCACCGGCCACACGGUGGAGCUACUGGAAGCCCACACCCCACAGCCGGAGGCAGAGUUUCACCGGGAUCUAUGUCUAACUUCUAACUCUUGCUGACAAAGACCACGAUAAUUCCUUCCCCAAAGCCCAGCAGCCCCCCAGCCCCGCGCAGCCCCAGCCUGCCUCCCACCGCCCAGCUGCCCGCCAUGCCCUCCAGCGGCCCUGGGGACACCAGCAGCUCCGCUCCGGAGCGGGAGGAGGACCGCAAGGAGGGAGAGGAGCAGGAGGAGGCUCGUGGCAAGGAGGAGCGGCAGGAGCCCAGCACGACUGCACGGAAGGUGGGGCGGCCUGGGCGGAAGCGCAAGCACCCCCCGGUGGAAAGCAGUGACACACCAAAGGACCCCGCAGUGACCUCCAAGUCCCCGUCCAUGGCCCAGGACUCAGGCCCCUCAGAGCUGUUACCCAAUGGGGACUUGGAGAAGCGGAGUGAGCCCCAGCCAGAGGAGGGGAGCCCCGCUGGAGGGCAGAAGGGCGGGGCCCCAGCAGAGGGAGAGGGUGCGGCUGAGACCCCGCCUGAAGCCUCCAGAGCCGUGGAGAAUGGCUGCUGCACCCCCAAGGAUGGCCGAGGAGCCCCUGCAGAAGAGAGCAAAGAACAGAAGGAGACCAACAUCGAAUCCAUGAAAAUGGAGGGCUCCCGGGGCCGGCUGCGGGGUGGCUUGGGCUGGGAGUCCAGCCUCCGCCAGCGGCCCAUGCCGCGGCUCACCUUCCAGGCGGGGGACCCCUACUACAUCAGCAAGCGCAAGCGGGACGAGUGGCUGGCACGCUGGAAAAGGGAGGCUGAGAAGAAAGCCAAGGUGAUCGCAGUAAUGAAUGCUGUGGAAGAAAACCAGGGCUCGGGCGAGUCUCAGAAGGUCGAGGAGGCCAGCCCUCCCGCCGUGCAGCAGCCCACCGACCCCGCCUCCCCCACAGUGGCCACCACACCUGAGCCCGUGGGGGCGGACGCGGGGGACAAGAAUGCCACCAAAGCCGCGGAUGAUGAGCCGGAGUACGAGGACGGCCGGGGCUUUGGCAUUGGGGAGCUGGUGUGGGGGAAACUUCGGGGCUUCUCCUGGUGGCCAGGCCGCAUUGUGUCUUGGUGGAUGACGGGCCGGAGCCGAGCAGCUGAAGGCACGCGCUGGGUCAUGUGGUUUGGAGACGGCAAGUUCUCAGUGGUGUGUGUCGAGAAGCUGAUGCCGCUAAGCUCCUUCUGCAGUGCUUUCCACCAGGCCACCUACAACAAGCAGCCCAUGUACCGCAAAGCCAUCUACGAAGUCCUACAGGUGGCCAGCAGCCGCGCGGGGAAGCUGUUCCCGGCCUGCCACGACAGCGAUGAGAGCGACACUGCCAAGGCCGUUGAGGUGCAGAACAAACAGAUGAUCGAAUGGGCUCUCGGAGGCUUCCAGCCCUCUGGCCCCAAGGGCCUGGAGCCACCUGAAGAAGAGAAGAACCCCUACAAAGAAGUUUACACAGACAUGUGGGUCGAACCCGAGGCAGCUGCCUAUGCCCCACCCCCACCCGCCAAAAAGCCCCGAAAGAGCACAACGGAGAAGCCGAAGGUCAAGGAGAUAAUUGACGAACGCACAAGAGAGCGGCUAGUGUACGAGGUGCGGCAGAAGUGCCGGAACAUCGAGGACAUUUGCAUCUCUUGUGGGAGCCUCAACGUCACCCUGGAACACCCUCUCUUCGUCGGAGGAAUGUGCCAAAACUGUAAGAACUGCUUCCUGGAGUGCGCGUACCAGUAUGACGACGACGGCUACCAGUCCUACUGCACCAUCUGCUGCGGGGGGCGCGAGGUGCUCAUGUGCGGGAACAACAACUGCUGCAGGUGCUUCUGUGUGGAAUGUGUGGACCUCCUGGUGGGGCCGGGCGCCGCACAGGCCGCCAUCAAGGAGGACCCCUGGAACUGCUACAUGUGCGGGCACAAGGGCACCUACGGGCUGCUGCGGCGGCGGGACGACUGGCCCUCGCGGCUCCAGAUGUUCUUUGCCAACAACCACGACCAGGAAUUCGACCCUCCGAAGGUGUACCCACCUGUCCCAGCCGAGAAGAGGAAGCCCAUCCGGGUGCUGUCUCUAUUUGACGGAAUUGCUACAGGGCUUCUGGUGCUGAAGGACUUGGGAAUUCAGGUGGACCGCUACAUCGCCUCCGAGGUGUGCGAGGACUCCAUCACAGUGGGCAUGGUGCGCCACCAGGGGAAGAUCAUGUACGUCGGGGACGUCCGCAGCGUCACACAGAAGCAUAUCCAGGAGUGGGGCCCGUUCGAUCUGGUGAUUGGGGGCAGCCCUUGCAAUGACCUCUCCAUCGUCAACCCUGCCCGGAAAGGACUCUACGAGGGCACUGGCCGGCUCUUCUUUGAGUUCUACCGCCUCCUGCAUGAUGCGCGGCCCAAGGAGGGAGAUGACCGCCCCUUCUUCUGGCUCUUUGAGAAUGUGGUGGCCAUGGGCGUUAGUGACAAGAGGGACAUCUCGCGAUUUCUCGAGUCCAACCCUGUGAUGAUUGAUGCCAAAGAAGUGUCCGCUGCACACAGGGCCCGCUACUUCUGGGGGAACCUUCCUGGUAUGAACAGGCCGUUGGCAUCCACUGUGAAUGAUAAGCUGGAGCUGCAGGAGUGUCUGGAGCACGGCAGAAUAGCCAAGUUCAGCAAAGUGAGGACCAUUACUACGAGGUCGAACUCCAUAAAGCAGGGCAAAGACCAGCAUUUCCCCGUCUUCAUGAAUGAGAAAGAAGACAUCUUAUGGUGCACUGAAAUGGAAAGGGUGUUUGGCUUCCCUGUCCACUAUACCGACGUCUCCAACAUGAGCCGCUUGGCGAGGCAGAGACUGCUGGGCCGGUCGUGGAGUGUGCCGGUCAUUCGCCACCUCUUCGCUCCGCUGAAGGAAUAUUUUGCUUGUGUGUAAGGGACAUGAGGGCAAACUGAGGUAGUGAUACAAAGUUAAACAAACAAAACAAAACAAAACAAAAAAAACCACAAAACACAACAAAACACCAACAACAUGAGGAUCGAGAGGAGUAUCAGCACCCAGAAGAGAAAAAGGAAUUUAAAACAAAAACCACAGAGGCGAAAGUACUGGAGGGCUUUGCCUUGCACAAAGGGUUGGACAUCAUCUCCUAAUUUUUCAAUGUUAACCUUCAGUCCUAUUUAAAAAAAAACAAAACCAAGCUCCCUCCCUUCCGCCCCCACCCCUUUUUUUUGGGUCAAACCUUUUGUUUUCUACUCUUUUCAGAGGGGUUUUCUGUUUGUUUGGGUUUUUGUUUCUUGCUGUGACUGGAACAAGAGGGGUUUUGCAGCAAAAAAAAAAAAAAAAAAAAAAAAAAAAGUCAGUAACAAGAAAUAGUAACAAUACCGGGAGAGGAAGGAUCGGAGAAAAGGAAAAAAGGAAAUUCUAUAGAAAUCUAUAUAUUGGAUUUUUUUUUUAAACUAUAUAUCUUUUUUUUUUUUUUCGUUGUUGUCUCUAGCCUGAUCAGAUAGGAGCACAAGCAGGGGACAGAAAACAGUGACACUCAGCGGCAGAAUUCCCUCCCAGCCACUGAGCUGUCUUGCCAGCACCAUUCCUGGUCCUGCAGAACAGAGCCCAACUAGCAGCAGGGAGACAGAACACACAAGACCCUUUUACACAGUAUUUCAGGUGCCUACCAUACAGGAAACCUUGAAGAAAAUCAGUUUCUAGAAGCCGCUGUUACCUCUUGUUUACAGUUUAUAUAUAUAUGAUAGAUAGGAGAUAUAUAUAUAAAAGGUACUGUUAACUACUGUGCAACUCGAAUUCAUAAUGGUGCUUUAAAACAGCGAGACGAGUAAAAACAUCAGCUUCCACGUUGCCUUAUGCGCAAAGGGUUUUAACCGAGGCUGGAGAGGGGAGGCAGCUUGAAGGUGAGCGGUUGCCGCGGUGGGCUUUCCCCCGGUACUGAGCAGGGCGGAGGGGGAGAAGCCGGGGCCCGUGUUCUCCCGCUCCUCCCUGCCCACGGUGGGGGCGAGGGGAGCCGGCUCGGCCCGUGGAGAGCUGACAGUGGGAUUCAUCCAGGCUCAUGCAAUAACCUUGAGACGGUUUUGUUUUUUGUUGUUUUUUGUUUUUUUUCAAAAAGGAGACCCCCUCGGUGAGAUGGCAGGAUAAGGGGUCUUCAUUCCCAAUCUCUCACAUUAGCCGAUUUGAGGGCUCCUUGUGGUGGGAUCAGAAAUAAUCCAGAGUGUGGGCAAGCGACCGUUAAAACCCCACCUGGAGCAAAUAAAAAAACAUACAAAACGUA